AUGUUCUCUUAUAAGGUUGAUGACAUCACCCGAACAGUUUUUCUGAUAACGUCCCUUUUGUGUUUCACCUUCUUCUUCUACUUCAUUGUGAUUAUGCUGAAGGUCUUCUUCACCACUCCUCACAUGCAGGAGAACCCUCGAUACGUCCUCUUUGUCCACAUGCUCAUCAAUGACACGUUAUAUAUCAUCUUGACAAAUUUCAUUAUAGUUUCUUACAUGCAUUCUGUAUAUUUCCCCAUAAUUGUUUGUUUAAUGAUUCGAUCCCUGGGUGGCUGUAUCUUUCUAGUGACUCCAUACAACCUGGCCGUCAUGUCUCUAGAACGUUACAUAGCCAUAUGUUUCCCACUGAGACACUUAGAGUUGUGUACACCAAAGAGAGCUAAAUAUGCAAUUGCUGCGGUCUGGGCCAUAGGGUUGUCUCUAAGUACUGUAAGCUCCUCUGCCGCGGUCUUCUUAGACGAAACACCUCCAUAUAAUCUUUAUAUGUUGUGUGGUGUUUUGAAGGUGGGCUUUAAACAAAACAUGGUCAGGACAUUCGUCAAUACCUUCAGCUUCACCGGGGUGGCCUUGAUCAUUGUAUUUUCCUAUAUUAAUGUCAUGCUGGUUGCCAGAAGAGUCGGUUCUGGUCAUUCUUCAGCCCUCAAAGCUGGUAAAACUAUGAUGCUCCAUGCCAUUCAACUCAUAUUAUGUAUGGUCGCCUUCAUUUCCACCUUAACUGAGACCCAUGGAAAUAACUACAUGUAUUUUUUAAUAAUUUCAAAUUAUGUUUUGUUCACAUGUGUGCCCAGAUUCCUCAGUCCACUCAUCUACGGAGUAAGAGAUGAAGCUUUCCAAAAACAUAUAAGGAAAUAUUGCUUAAUAACUCAUGUCUGUUGUCCACAUUGA